AUGGGCAAAACGACUAGCAAGCUCGACAAACGGCGGUCUCAGAGCAUUUCCUGGAGCUACAAGUUCGGCACGGUGAGCCGCCGGAAGAAGCAUGCCGCCCAGGUCAUCAGCGCCGUGCCACACAUGGACACGGCCGAAUGGUUGCAGCGCUUGGAUUUGCCCGAGUACGGUGAUAAAUUCAAAUCGUACAACGGCGUGGAGGAGCUGCUGUUUCUUUCCGAGGCGGACGUCAAAAAGCUGGGCAUCCGCAACAACGCGCAUCGGGCCCGCAUCGUCAGCAGUUUGGUUGCGCUACGAGAGAACCUUGUCCACGAGGCGAACGCGAAGGCGAACCAACGGAAUGCAGCAGCAACGGCGGGAAUCGGCGACGAGCGCAGGGCACGGAUGCGUCACAGUGUGGCCGUUGCUGAUCGAGCCCGGAGUGGCGCACAGAUCGAAGCAGAAAAGGAUACACCCUUCUCGGAGACAUCAACAUGUACGCCCGUUGAGAUCCCCGGACCCACCAUCUAUGCCUGUCUGACGCCGGCCGCCCCGAAACAAAGUAAGAGCUGUGGCGAUCUGUUAGAUAUGGAAACGACACCGGACGGUGGCAACGAAGCAGUGGCACUGAAGAAGGCCCUCGAAUGGGAGCUGUCGUUGGAUUCGCGGGACCUCCGGUCCCACGCCUGGUACCACGGUCCGAUCCCACGCCAGCGGGCCGAAGAGAUUGUCCAGCAGGAGGGUGACUUCCUGGUGCGCGAUUGCGUUUCCCAGCCCGGGAACUACGUCCUGACGUGCAAAACGAAGGGACCCACGCUACACUUCGUCAUCAAUAAGCUGCUGCUACAACCGGAAACCGUAUACGAGCGAGUCCAGUAUCAGUUCGAAGAUGAUGCCUACGAUACAGUUCCUGACUUGAUUACCUUCUACGUCGGCUCGGGAAAAUCAAUAUCGGCCGCUUCUGGGGCACGAAUUCAGUGUCCGUGCAACCGAACGUACCCGCUGUCGUUUUACGCCGGCAAGUGCCCCCAGAAUGUGGCCGGCGUGGCCGGUAUCCGGGGGCCGAGCCCGCUCAACUCACCCUCGCCCGUACCAUCAUCGCCUGGGUUUAGGUAUAAUCCCUACACGCAGCAGACGAACUCCUACCGAAGUCCCAUGUCGUCACCGCCGCGUACCAAGCGCGAAACGCCGCCGCGGUUACCGAGCAAAAAGCAACGCUCUCAGUCCCUCACGCCACUCCACGGUGCCCAGGGAGUCCAGCAGCGGUACUGCAGCGCCGACGGUGUAAUCGGGAACCACGCCGGUGGAACGGAUGGAAAACCGGGGGCCGGGAAACCAUCACGGCUAGUGGAUGGCGCUGGUGGCGAAAAGUGUAACAGUGCCGACGGAGUCAUCCACGGCGACCAGGUGGCCAACGGUGGACGGGGAGCGUCGGGCGAUGAGAAAAGUUCCAGUGCGGACGGAGUGGUAAAGUCGCAAACGACCUCACGAUCCAACUCGAUCGAUGCCGUCGCACUGAAGGGUAGCAGCGGCUCGUUGGCACGGUCGGCGAGUCUCAGAUCUUCGCACGGUAAGCUUUCGGGCUCGCGCGGUUCCAGUAUCAACAAAGAGUCGAGCGAGCAUUCGCUUAGCCCUUGCAUCGAGCAGCAACAGUUUGCCGAAAACGAUGAGGGGCCACCGAGUCCACCGCCGAAACCGAUCCGGGGCGCCGGGAGUGCCGGAACGCUCCAGCGGCGCGACUCUCUCAAGGACUCCGACAGCCACGCCGGACAGCAGGGUGGUCACGGUCGGGCAGCGAUAACGUCGUACCAUCCGUCGGGCUCGGAUUCAGGCAAUGGGUCCGGCGAUUCGGCACAGAGUUCCGCCACCGGCGAGGAUCUGGCACUGCCACAUCGGGCCGGAGGGGUCGUGCUAAAGAAUCCACGGUUCAUCCCCACGUCCCUUUCGUCGGUGACGCUCCGGUCGCACUUGGAGUUCGAUCCGGUCGCGGCGGAGGAAGCAUUGCUGGCGAUGCACGUUCCCACCUUCGAGCAGACGUCCCGGUACGAUCUGGAGAACUUCAACACGCUGCUGCUGCCGUUCUGUGACUGCAAACCACUGGACAGCGGUACGCUCAACACUUUCCGGAUGAUGCUUUGCGAGUCCGGAUCGCGGGUCAUUGCGAAUCAUCUGACGCGGGUUGACAUAGGACUAAUACUAGACAAGGACGAAAACCGAAAGGAUGACCCGCUGAACUGCACCGGACUGGAGCUCAUCACCCUCGAGCAGGGCCGCCAGUACCGGGCGGACCUCAUCGAGCGCACCGAGUGCAUGAAGUUGCUGGUGGCUGUUACCAUUCUCACCUGCCAGAGUGACCUCGAGCGGGCCGAAACGCUCAACAAGUGGAUCCAGGUGGCGGUCGAGACGAAAACUGCGUUGGGUAACCUGUUCGGGUUCAGUGCCAUCAUGCUGGGCCUUUCGAUGCCACAGAUCCAAAGGCUCGAGUCGACCUGGCAUACGCUGCGCCAAAAGUUCACCGACAGUGCUUUCAACUUCGAGGCCAAGUUGCGACCGACGAUGAACAGCAUGAACGACUGCUCCAAUCCGCAGGCUCCCAACACGACCAUUCCGCACGUACUGCCCUACAUACUGGUCAAGGACCGCACGAUCAACGAUGUCUUCGCUACACCCACUUCACCUUGCCCAUCGCUGGUGGCCUCCUGCGUGACACCCUGGGAAACGAUUACGCAAGAUUUUGGAUUCUCCGUUCUGUUCGCACACCUCGAUGCGGCCCGCAGCUUCAUCAACAACCUCUCGCUGUACAGAAAGAAUGCUCAAACCAUACUGCAGGACACUGGCCGGUUCGACCCGCUGAUGGAGGACGCUUUUAGGACCGAGUUUCAGAUGAAGUUCCUCUGGGGCAGCAAGGGUGCGCUGGUACCGGCCGACGAACGGCACGCCAAAUUCGAGCAUGUGCUCUCCGUGAUGGCGGAAAAGUUCUGCGGCGAUCCAUCGGCAGGCUAGACCACGCGUCGUCUACAUUUCGAAUGCACCUAAUUCUACGUCACUGUCACUGGCUAGAGGAAUUGAACUAUCUCCGGGAGUCUAAGUUUUAUGGAACACUGGAAUGCUGUUUCCUGGCGAUCGUUUAGGACACUAUUCUCAUUCAUCUUGCGCUGGUGAACACUGGUUAUCAUCGGCAACAUCCAC